AUGAGUGAAAAAGGAACCAUUUGGGAAGGCUUAAUGCAAGAAAGAUAUGGGGAGUUGAACACACGGCUAUGGUUACAUGAUGAUUAUGGUUACAAUCCCAAAGAUUCAAACUGGUGGAGAGAUAUUAUGUUGAUUGGGGCAAAUCCCAUGGGAUUAAUGGAAAAAAUUAUAGUAAAAUUGGGGGAUGGAGGCAAGACGCUGUUUUGGAAGUCCAGAUGGUUGGGAAACAGAGCUCUAGCAGAUCAAUUCCCAGGUUUGUACGCUGAAAUUUCAAACAAAUUCGACACUGUUAGCAGUAUGGGAAAUUGGAACAACAAUGUAUGGUCUUGGAACAUUAUUCAAAGUGAAGAGGUGUUGGGUUUAGAGGCUACUGGAGAGUAUAGUGACUUGGUACAGGUGCUGUUGGGUAUACAGCCAAGGCAGAAUAUCAUUGAUUUGGUUGUGUGGCCAUUCGAAAAUUCUAGAGUUUUCACUGUGAAGUCUUGUUAUAGAUUGCUUAUGCAGGUUCAGGGGGAGGCUGAUCUUGAGGAUAGUCAAAAAUGUGCUCUCAAAAUUAUAUGGGGCUCUAGAUGCCCGUCUAAAAUUAAAAUAUUCGGGUGGCGCCUUAUUUUGGAUAGACUUCCAACGAGGAAACAAUUGAUGCGUAGAAGGAUCAUUACCCAGCCGCAGGAGGUGACUUGCGCUUUUUGUGGUCAAGGCGAAGAGGAGAUUGCUCAUAUUAUGUUAUAUUGCCCCAAACUGAAGUUGCUGUGGUUGAAGAUUCAAGGUUGGCUGGACAUACAAAUCCCAUAUGUAGAGAAUUGCAGCAGCCAUUUGAUAAAAAGUGUGGAAGAAUUGGGGCGUUCGAUGUCAAACAAGAGGGCUGGAGUCGUGUGGUUGACAGCCUGUUGGUGCAUUUGGAAUCACAAAAAUAAUAUAGUAUUUAACAGUGCAGAGUUAGACAUCGACGAAAUCUUUCUUAAGACUUUAUGGUUUUCUUGGUGGUGGUUAGCUAUAGGUGCUAAGGAUAGAAUUCUAUUUGGUGUGCACUUAGCAAUGGUGGAUUGCAUGAUAAAGACAGAGAUUAGCUGCAAUUUUUUUAUUUGGGAUUAUGAGCUUGAUGAAAUCGAGUGGAAAUGUGGAAUUAAGACAAUUGACAGUAGCUUAGUAGUAGAUUGCAACAAAGGGGAAGACAUGAUUGGUUACAUGAAAGAUUUUGGAAAGGAAUUCAUAAAGGAGUUUGGGAAGGAGUAUGCUUAG